AAAAAAAAAUUGUAAUAAAGAAAAAAAGGAGACAAAUACAGUGGAAAACAUAAUAUCUAUCACAAGACACAAGUAUUAUCAAGCUGUGAAGAACAACUCCAAAAAGGAAAAAACUGAGGAAUGGAAAAAGAAGUCGAGAGGGCAAAAACCAUUCACAGAUUAUACAAACUGUAUUGGAAGAGACAUUAUCCACAGUGUUCAUGCGUUUUGGCAGAGGAAAACCAAGAAGGUACACAGCCCAAUUCUUGUGACACACACACACACACAAUUCUAACCGCAUCACUUUCAUCUUUUGUUGUUUUAAGAUGAUAUAAAAAGCCUCAGCUAAUCCAAUGAACAAGACACACACGCGCAUCCAUUGCUCUCUGUAUUCAUAACCAGACAGAGAGAGAGAGAGGGGACAGUACUUACUAAUGGAGGUGAGAGGCCUGGAGAGCGGUGAAACAAGCGUGUUCCGGAUGCCUCUUCAUUACCCGCGUUACACUAUGAAGGAUUACCAAGACAUGCCCGAGUGGAAGCUCGACCGCCUACUAUCCGAAUAUGGCCUCUCUACUUUCGGCGACUUGCCUCACAAGCGGGACUUUGCUAUGGGUGCUUUUCUCUGGCCAAAUUGUUUCCAAAUCUCAAUGUCACCGCAAAAUCCAAAGGUUCAUCAAGACAACUCGGCUUGAAACUUAGCCAAACCGAUGAUAGAAAGUCUCUUCAGAUAAAACAUAUGCCUCUAAGCUUUGAACUAGCUGAUGCUAGAAGUCCUUUUUC